AAGAGACAAAACCUAAAUCCCCCCGUCUCAUGCAAUGAAUCCACAUGUCCUGUUGUUAAGCGGCAUCAUCACAAUUCGGCAAACCUGAAACAACAGCAAAAGCAAAAACCCUAUCUCUUAUUCCUUCCCCACCAACACAACCCUAUCUCCUUGCCCUGCCUCACCAGACCAGAGAUUUUCCUUGCUUUGGCAUUUAUGUGUGUGCUGUUAUACUGUGUUUGCUGAUAUAUAAAAAAAAGAACUUGAAGCCAUGGCCUCAAAGAUCCACGUCCCUGUUUCCACAACACAAGGAACCCCACCUUCACUACCAUCAUCCACAGGUUUUCUCCCUAUCCGAGCUCCUAUAACUGUUGAUGAUUUUCAAUCAGAUGGUUAUAAAACUGACACCUCUGAUAGCGACAUUGGCAGUAGUCGUAGUGGUACUGGUAGUAAUAUUGAUAAUGGGUUUGUGAGUGGUGAAGAAGAGUUUGAUUCUGCAUCCGAGAGGCCUUUUGUAGGCGACCCAGAUGAGGAAAACAGUGAAGAGGAUGAUUUUGGUGGCGUGUAUCGGGUUUCUAGGCCUUUUGUGGCUGACCCAGAUGAAGAAAUUUCAGUUCUUGAGGAGGUAGAGGAGGAGGAGGAGAGUGGUGUAAAUGAUGAAUUUAUCCCUGUUGUUGGGUUGGACAGUGCGAAUUCGAAUGGAAUUAGGCCUAUUGCUCAGUUGUCAAUGGAUGAUGAUGAAUUUGAUAAGGUGACUGGUGAUGUGGGAAUGGUGAGUGAAGUGGACGAUGGAAGCUUUUCAGGUGUUGUCAACGUUCCUAGUUUUGGGGCUCAAGAGAUUGUGGAUGUUGCACCUCUAGUUAAGGUGCUGGAUAUUGAAGAAGAUAAAGAAGAUGGGUUAUUGGUUCAGAGUAAUUCUUCUUCUGAUGACAACAAAUCUAGGCUGUCAACGGAGAGGGAUUUUGGAGCUGAUAGUUGUGUUUUGGGUCCUAAAGAUGCGGUUGUGAGAAAUGGUUCUGCUAAUGACUCUGGUUCAGUUAAAUUGGUCGAGGACUAUGGUCAUGUUGUAACAGUUACUCAGCCCACGAACUUGUGGGUGAAUGGUGAUUCUCCUGAAAACUCCAAAGGUGAUAAAAUGGAAGAUGUGCGAGAAAGCAAUACAAAUUCCUCUGGUAUCAAAGAUGAAGCAAACCGUGAUUCAGAAACAAUAGGAGGACAAAAAGGCUUACUUUCUCCUGAAAACUUCGAAGGUGAUAAAAUGGAAGAUGUGCGAGAAAGCAAUACAAAUUCCUCUGGUAUCAAAGAUGAAGCAAACCGCGAUUCAGAAACAAUAGGAGGACAAAAAGGCUUACUUUCUCCUGAAAACUUCGAAGGUGAUAAAAUGGAAGAUGUGCGAGAAAGCAAUACAAAUUCCUCUGGUAUCAAAGAUGAAGCAAACCGCGAUUCAGAAACAAUAGGAGGACAAAAAGGCUUACUUUCUCCUGAAAACUUCGAAGGUGAUAAAAUGGAAGAUGUGCGAGAAAGCAAAACAAAUUCCUCUGGUAUCAAAGAUGAAGCAAACCGUGAUUCAGAAACAAUAGGAGGACAAAAAGGCUUACUUUCUGAUGAUGACAUUGAAGAGUUAAUUUUUGGUGGCUCUGGAACAACCAAGCUCAUCAUGAAUGAAUUAGAGCAAAAUUCAGCCUUCUCUUCCCCCCCAGGUAUUGAAGCUUAUGAUGAUCAUCCGCAGACGAUAGAUGGAGAGAUUACUAUUGACUCAGAUGAAGAUACAGACUCAGAUGAAGAAGCAGACGUAGUUAGAGAGCCAGUAGGAAAACAGUUAUUUGAUUCUGCUGCAUUUGCUGCUCUUUUAAAAGCAGCAACUGGUGCUGAAUUGGAUGGAGGCAGAAUAGCACUAAGCUCUGUUGAUGGUUCUGGAUUAUUUUCUCUUGAAAAUCCUGCUGGUUCAGGUUUCCAGUUUCGCACAAGGAGACAUGCUCCCCCACCAGAUAUGGUAAAGCGUACUUUAAGUGAAGAAGAAAAGAAGAUUUUAGAGAAGAUACAGCACAUAAGGGUGAAGUUCUUGAGGCUUGUCCAGCGACUACGACAGUCUCCUGAAGAUUCUAUAGUUGAAUCAGUGCUACAUCGGCUGGACCCAGAUGAAGGGAGACGUGUUAGUCGAGAGUUUAGCCUUGAAACUGCUAAGAGUAUGGCCAUGCAGCUUGAAGCAGAGGGCAAAGAUGAUUUAAACUUCUCUUUGAACAUUUUGGUUCUCGGGAAAACUGGAGUGGGGAAGAGUGCCACCAUUAAUUCUAUUUUUGGUGAGAAGAGAGUUGAGAUCAAUGCGUUUGCACCUGCCACAACUAGGGUUAAUGAGAUUGUUGGAACAGUUGAUGGAGUUAAAAUCAGAAUCAUCGACACACCAGGUCUCAGGUCCUCUGUAAAGGAAGAGGCUACCAACCGGAAAAUACUAGCAUCUGUAAAAAAGCUGAUUAAAAAGUUUCCUCCAGAUGUUGUCCUCUAUGUUGACCGGUUAGACACCCAUGAUAGAGAUCGCAAUGAUUUGCUGUUGUUAAGUUCGCUUUCCAGAACUCUAACUUCAUCAAUAUGGAAAAAUGCAAUUGUCACUCUGACGCAUGCCACUUCUCCUCCUCCUGAUGGACCAUCUGGGUCAUCCCUAGCCUUUGAGGUGUAUGUUGCUCAACGAUCUCAUGUUAUCCAGCAAGCAAUCAGCCAAGGAGUUGGUGAUUCGUACCUGAUGCAUCCGAGUAUGAAGCAUCCGGUGUCUCUUGUUGAGAAUCAUUCUUUGUGCCUGAAGAACGAGAACGGAGAAAAUGUCCUCCCUAAUGGACAAAGCUGGAGACCCCAAUUAUUACUGCUGUGUUACUCACUGAAGGUUUUGUCUGAAGCAAGUUCUAUAUCCAAGCCUCAAGAUCUUAUUGACCACAAGAAGCCUUUUGGUUUACGGCUCCGCUCUUUACCUCUACCCCACCUCGUGUCUUCUCUGUUGCAUUCUCGCCCUCAUCUAAAACUCCCUACUGAUCUGGGUGAUGAGGACAUUGAUUCAGACAUGGACUUGGUUGACCUCCCUGAUUCGGAUGCAGAAGAUGAGGAUGAAUAUGACCAGCUUCCACCAUUCAAGCCUUUGAGGAAAUCUCAGGUUCAGAAGCUCAGCAAAGAGCAAAAGAAAGCUUAUUUUGAGGAGUAUGAUUAUCGGGUGAAACUCCUUCUAAAGAAGCAGUGGAGAGACAAUUUGAAAAGGCUGAAGGAGAUAAAGAAGAGAGGCAAAGAUUGCAGUAAUGACAUUGGGGAAGAUGUGGACCAGGAAGAUGAAGGUCCAGCAUCAGUGCCUGUGCCUCUGCCUGACUUUGUCCUCCCACAAUCGUUUGACAGUGACAAUCCUUCAUACAGGUACCGAGCUUUGGAGCCUGCAUCACAGUUUCUUGUCAGGCCAGUUUUGGAUGCCCAGGGCUGGGAUCAUGAUUGCGGAUAUGAUGGUGUUAACAUCGAAAGUAAUCUUGCUAUUGCUGGUCAGUUUCCUGGUGCAUUUACAGUUCAAAUCACAAAAGAUAAGAAAGACUUCAAUAUCCAAUUAGAUUCUUCAAUUUGCGCUAAGCAUGGGGAAAAUGGAUCAACUAUGGCGGGAUUCGACAUCCAGACUAUUGGAAGGCAGCUUGCUUAUAUCUUGCGAAGUGAGACCAAACUCAAAAAGUUUAAGAUGAACAAAUCAUCAGCCGGGAUAUCUGUUACUCUACUAGGUGAAAAUGUAGUCACUGGAUUCAAGAUUGAGGAUCAGAUUGCAGUUGGAAAGCGCUUGGCUUUGGUGGGAAAUGCUGGCACUGUGAGAUCAGGUAACGAUACUGCCUAUGGAGCCAACUUUGAAGUGCGGCUCAAGAGUAAAGAUUUUCCUAUAGAGCAGGACCAAUCCACUUUAGGUCUGUCCUUGAUGAAGUGGAGGGGUGAUUUAGGUCUGAUGGCCCAUUUACAGUCUCAAUUCUCCAUUGGUCGGAAUUCCAAAAUGGCUGUCCAUGUUGGAAUGAACAAUAAGCGAAGUGGCCAGAUCUCCAUCAAGACGAGCAGCUCGGAACUGCAAGCUGCACUUAUUGGUAUUGUGCCAAUUGCAGUGUCCAUCCUUCAGAGUAUUUAUCCUGGUUCUAAUGCAGGAUGCACAAAUAUACUAGAUCAUUGAGUGCUUUUUCCCAGUUUAAUCAGUGCUAUUAGUCAUCACCUGGGUUUUCAUGGGGAAAUAAACUUUGGUGUUGUGCCAAUUGCAGUGUCCUUCAUCCUUCAGAGUAUUUAUCCUGGUUUGAAUGCAGGACACUCAAAUAUACGAGAUUAUCAAGUGCUUUUUUCCAGUUUAAUCAGUGCUAUUAAUCAUCACCCAAGUUUUCAUAGGGAAAUAAACUUUCAGCAAAGGCUAUUCACUGUCUUGCAUAUGCUCAUGUUCACAACAGCUUCGUUCAGUCUUCUGUACAUUUUAUUUAUUUAUUAGGCUUACCAAGUUGUUACAUUAUGAGAUGAAGACUACAUAUAGUGCUCUAUGAAGUGGCUUGUUAACUCUUUUGAUUCUUGUUUUUACUAGUUAUCUUAAUUAAUAUGUGAAAGAGCAUAUAGGAAUGUGAAACACAAAAUUAAAAGGACUUGGUUCAUUGUAUUUUUUGACAGUGGUUUACUGCUGUAUACUUAACACCAGCCAAGUUUAUUUGUAUUUUAAUUCCAGCUAGCUAUUUAUAUAAUAUACAGUAUUGCCUUGGAUUCA